AUGGCCGUCAAAUCGCGGUUUCACCGGCUAGACGCGUUUACAAAGACUGUCGAAGAUGCGAGGGUGCGGACGACCUCCGGUGGUAUCGUGACGAUUGCCUCGAUCCUUAUUAUUCUCUACUUGGUGUGGGGAGAAUGGAGCGACUACAGGAAGAUUCUGGUUAUGCCAGAGCUGAUUGUGGACAAGGGACGAGUUGCUGACCUGGUGUUUGCGGUCUACGUAGGCGAAAAGAUGGAAAUCCACCUCAACAUCUCCUUUCCUCGCAUCCCUUGCGAACUCCUCACUCUCGAUGUCAUGGACGUCUCGGGCGAGCAACAGACGGGCGUCGUCCACGGUGUCAACAAAGUACGCCUUUCCUCCAUCGCCGAGGGUUCCAAGGUCCUCGACACAACCGCCCUGGUCCUGCAUAACGAGCAAGACAACGCCGCCCACCUGGAUCCAGAUUACUGCGGCUCCUGUUACUCGGCCCCUCCGCCGGCCAAUGCCUCGAAGCCGGGCUGCUGCAACACGUGCGACGAAGUGCGCGAAGCCUAUGCCUCCAACAGCUGGGCGUUUGGACGGGGCGAGGGCGUGGAACAAUGCGAACGGGAAGGUUACGGUGAAAGACUCGACGCACAGCGCCAGGAGGGGUGUCGUAUCGAGGGCGUCCUCCGGGUGAACAAAGUCGUGGGAAAUUUCCACAUUGCACCCGGUCGCAGCUUCUCCAAUGGAAACAUGCACGUGCACGACUUGAACAAUUACUUCGACACGCCUGUCGAGGGUGGACACACGUUUACACAUGAAAUCCACUCGCUGAGAUUCGGCCCGCAGCUGAGCGAUGAUGAUAGGGGAGUAACGGCGAAGUGGAGUGAUCAUCACCAUGCGAAUCCUUUGGACGGCGUGAAGCAGGAGACGGGGGAGCCGGGGUUCAACUUUAUGUAUUUCAUCAAGGUGGUGAGUACGAGUUAUCUGCCGCUCGGGUGGGAUGAGGAUCGGAGUGUGAAACAGCACUCGUCCCUCGCGGAUCUGAUACCGCUGGGAAUGCAGGGCAAGGGCGCCGGGAGCCAGGGCUCGAUCGAGACGCAUCAGUACUCUGUCACAUCACACAAGAGAUCUCUGAGCGGUGGAAAUGAUGCGGCCGAGGGACACAAGGAGAGACUACACGCGCAUGGAGGGAUCCCCGGCGUCUUCUUCAGUUACGACAUCUCCCCGAUGAAGGUGAUCAACCGCGAGGCGAGGCCCAAGACCUUUGCCAACUUUUUGACGGGUGUUUGCGCGGUUGUGGGAGGGACGCUGACGGUGGCGGCCGCGAUUGAUAGGGGACUGUACGAAGGGAGCACGAGGUUGAAGAAAGUUCAUCAGGGGUGA